AGAACUCGGUGGGAAAAAUAAUUUCGCGGCCGGCCCAGCGAUUAAAAUUAACGGUGCAUAGAUAUAUAUCGAUGCUUGAUAUGUUUCAGUUGAGAUUAUACCGGUAGGAUUGGUGGAGCAGCUUGUUGCAUCAUCUUCUGUUAAUUUGCACGAUUAUCAAAGUCGAAGCUGAGAUAAUCUUUAAUUGCGGAUCACACGUGACAGAAGACUUGAAUCGAGACUGUUCGAUAGGAAAAAUUCGCAUUUCGAUUGUUUGCAUAAUUUCCACCGCAGUAUUAAGGAUCGGACGGAGUAUCUUGGCCGAGAUUUGGAGAUCAAGAUCUACUUUAUAGUUGAAGCUUUCUAAAUCAAAUUGAAGGAUCCAUUGUCAACCCCUCUAUACGAUGGCUGAAUCUCCAAGUAAACGAGCAAGGAAUGGAGGCAAUAAGGUUGUGUUAGCUUACAGCGGUGGAUUAGAUACGUCUUGCAUCCUCGUCUGGCUCAUUGAACAGGGAUAUGAUGUUGUGGCUUAUACAGCUGAUGUUGGGCAGGGAGAUGAUUAUGAAGCCAUCCGAGAAAAAGCAUUGAAAUGUGGAGCUAUUGAUUAUGUGGUGAAAGAUCUGAAGCGAGACUUUGUGGUUGAGAACAUCUGGCCUGCCGUCCAAGCCAACGCCAAGUAUGAAGAUCGUUACCUGUUGGGUACUGCUCUUGCUAGACCCUGUAUCUCUAAAGGUAUCAUCCAGGUCGUGAAGGAACACAAUGCGCAGUAUGUGUCACACGGUGCUACAGGGAAGGGAAAUGACCAAAUUCGUUUUGAGCUUAGUUGCUAUGCCUUACAUCCAUCCAUUAAGAUCAUAGCCCCAUGGAAGAUGCCUGAAUUCUAUGAACGUUUCCAGGGGCGUAACGACCUCUUUGAGUUUGCCAGUGCCAACAACAUUCCUCUCCCAGUGACGAAGAGCGCCCCCUGGAGUAUGGAUGGAAACCUAAUGCACAUCAGCUAUGAGGCAGGCGUACUUGAAGACCCAAAGUGUGAAGCUCCUGUAGAUAUCUACCAGAUGACCUCUGACCCAGACAAAUCUAGCAAACCCGACAAACUGGAAAUUGAAUUCAAGAAAGGUAUUCCUGUCCGGGUGAAACAUCUAGGUGACAACACAGAGAAGACAGAUCCUUUAGAACUCUACUUAUACCUCAAUGUGAUCGGUGGAAGACAAGGAGUUGGAAGGAUUGACAUCGUUGAGAAUAGAUAUAUUGGGAUGAAGUCAAGAGGUGUUUAUGAGUGUCCAGCCGGAGAGAUUCUAAUUACAGCUCACAUGGAUAUUGAAAACUUUACUAUGGAUAAGGCUGUCCGUCGUAUCAAGCAGACCUUGUCUCUUCGCUUCUCAGAGCAGUGCUACGAAGGCUUCUGGUACAGCCCAGAAUGUGAAUUCACUCGAGACUGCAUAGCUCGCAGCCAGGAGUGUGUGGAAGGCAAGGUGACAGUGACUGUUUACAAAGGCCAUGUCUACAUCAACGCCAGAGAGUCAGCCCGGAGUCUCUACAAUGAAGAACUUGUCAGUAUGGAUGUAAAAGGAGACUAUGAGCCGGUGGAUGCUCUAGGAUUCAUCAAGGUCAAUGCAGUCAGGCUGAAGGAGUACAGACGACUCCGAGGAGUAACCUUCUCAGGGGAAUCUGCAAAGUAAUGGACAGAAAUAACAAUUCACUAAAACACACACCGUGCAGGAUCCCAUCUAACAGAGAGUUAUGAUUGAUCUGAUAAACCUCUACUAUAUGGAAAUCAAUCAGUGGCAUAAAUAUUUGAUCAGGAAAUGUGCACAAUGUCAUUUGUAAACAAAGAAAAGCACACUGAAUAUUCAAGAAAACCAUGAAUGUACGAUUGUACGCCAUAUCUAGAAAAUAUUUUUAACAAACAUUAUUUUAGAUGUUGACGUUGGUGGCUUUCCAUAGUUGUGGUUAAUUUGAUCAAUAGCAACUCUUUGUAAGAAAAGACCCUGAUACGGACUGGCUUUUUUAGAUGCAAAACAAGAGGUUUAAAUGGUUAAGGGAUGAAUGUUUAAAUGCAUAAAAGAGGGGUGUAUAAAAUGGGGGGUUCACUUUUUUUUGGUGGGGGUGGGGAGAUCAUCAGUAGAUGUUCCCUUUCAGUACUUCAUUAUUGUUUUGUUUUCUGUCAAUUCCUUUCUUGUAUUUGCUUAUUUGAAAGAAUAAGAUAUUUUUAAGAAACAUUUCUCUCUCUUGUUUUUACUCAUUAUCUUGCAAUCAUGUAUUAGAAUGAUGCAAUAUUAUAUAAUGCAGUUAAGUUAUAUGUUACUAUAACUUCCAGGAACUUUGCCUGAAAUUUAUUCAGUUUUAAUACUCUUUGCUAACAAUGUGAUAAUUCCAUUGCAGUAUUGCUUUUAUAUUGGUAUUAUAAUGUUUACUAAAGACUCCUGAAGUAUAGAAAAAUAAGGAAAUCAAAACCCACAGACCAAUUUUACUUUUCUCGAGUGAAUGUAUAUUUUUUUCUCCUCCAUAACUUCAUAGAAAUACAUACUUGUAUGUAAACUGAAAUAUUAUUUUGAAGGUCUUAAAACGAGUAAAUUACAUUUCCUUUGAGACAUGUUUUUUGUAUGGCACAAUUGUAUACUUUUUAGAAAUAAUAUGUGUUUCUUGCCACAGACCAAAGCACAAUUAUGCUCAGUAUUCAUAAGACAUUCAUGUGACACAUGUAUUAUGAUCAUUUACCAUUAAAGAUGUUUUGAAAAAUAUAUGAUGUAUUUGAUAGUGUACUCACAAUUGAUCAAAAUAUAUGAUGAUAUUUGGGGUUGCCUCAGGAGGAACCUGCAUUUUUUUUCGAUGGGCUCUAGUAUUUUCUCUUAUAUUCUUUAUCCUAUAGACUUGGAGUCAUUACAAUGCAUGUUUUAUUCGUAAGUCGUGAUAAAGUGUGCUUAAGCCAUUACCAUUUCAACAUUUCUGACAGAAAUGGUUAAUUCACAUUCCACCUUGCAUCCAGUAUCUAAAUCAAUCCUGUGAAAAUGUAUUUAUUGCAUGUUAUGUAUUAAGUGUAUUUCUUAACCUAUCCCAUAGCUACCACUACUCGCCCUCUUUCAAAUGCAAUAUGAGAUUGAGACGCUUAUUUCCCCUACCACUCUUCAGUUAUUUAUAAGAUUGUGUGUAACCUUACAAACUGCUUUAUGAGAAUGAGACUACCCUGUGAAAUAUUCUCAUUACAAUGCAAUAUAAUGUCAUGAACUCUGACACUAAACAUUUUUCUCAUUUAGGGACCCCAGUUUUCUGUUUUUCUAGAAUGCAAACUGUGUUCCAUGGUGUUCAACAUUACUUUCCAUGCUCUACAUUAGAUAAAGCAUGUGAUGAAAUCUGAGAAAUGCAAAGUUUUCUGUGCAGAUAAAGCUUUGCAAAAAUAAACCAAUCUGUACUAAAUGCUGUGAACAUGUUUUAUUGGCAAAUCUGUCACUCAUGCACAGUUUUGAUUCAUUUAAUUUUCCUUUGUUUUUCUUUGUUUUGUGAUUCUCAAAAUUUUGGGCCUGAAAAAAUGUGUUUUCUUUGAAAUUCUGUGAAUUCUGUAUUCUUCCUGUAUUCUCUGUAUUUUUUUCUCUUAUCUACAGAAAACUGGGGACUUUAUUCUAUUUAUUAUUUAUUUAUUUAUUCAUGUUGAUGUGGAUGACAGCAUUAUAGAGCAAAAACUCAUCAUUUUGAACUGGAUUAGGAAACCAUAAAUGGCAGAUGUAUUGUAUUUUAUGAUGUAAAACUUGCAGUGUGAUGUUUGAAGCAGCUUUUCCAUUGUAAAGAUUUAUUUGGUGGAGAUAGAUUACUUGACAUUGACUUUUAUUCAUGAAUACUAAGUGGAAACAUUGUUUAUUGGUAUCUGGUAUUGAUAUAGUAAUAGAAAUUUUGCUUCAUCAAAUGUGUACUAGCGCAUAGAAAUUUUAAGAGAAAGUAUUUUGAUGUCAUUGAACUUGAAAGAUAAGAAGUGAUAUUUUCAAUUGAUCAUGCAUGAUCAUUUUCAAAGAUUUGUAAUUAAGUUUGUUUGAAGUGGCAA